AAUUAUGAGAACCAAAAUAGAAAAAGCAGAAAACCAAGCUAAGCGCCACAGAUUCUUUCUUCUGUUCUAUCCAUGGCGACACUCUCAUGCUCUCUCCACCCACUAUCUUCCCUCUCUUGUUCUUCUUCGUCUGCUUCAACGACAUCCCUUACAACCACUCAUUCUCUUCCACAGCAAUCCCCAGCUAAACCAGAAAUCCUUGCCCAGUCCCGCUGCUCGUCUAGACUACCCAGAGGCAUUCCACCAUCAAGGAUCUUCGUCCACCCCGUUCUGCUCUUCAGCGGCUUCGAUAGCCCAUUGGAUACCCAAACACUGCUUGCCACUAUCAGUGUCUUGGCCGCCAUUGCUCUUUCUCUUUUUCUUGGUCUCAAGGGAGAUCCUGUGCCGUGUGAGCGGUGUGCUGGCAAUGGUGGCACCAAAUGUGUCUUCUGUAACAAUGGUAAGAUGAAGCAAGAGAUGGGUUUGGCUGAUUGUAAGGUGUGCAAAGGUGCAGGAUUGAUAUUUUGCAAGAAAUGUGGAGGUUCUGGAUAUUCUAAACGGCUUUGAGCUUGUUCAGAAAUUAUUUUUUUCCUCUCUGGCAUUGUUCUGAGGUUUUUUUAUUUGCUUUUCUCGAUUUCCAAUCUGUAAGAUUUGUCCUAGCUUCUCUCUUUCAUCGAAAUCCUUGAUUUCAUUAUUCCUUUUAUUUCUUACUUUUCUGAAUUCCCUCCUGCUCCCUUUUGUCUAUUGUCAUUGCUCUGAACUUAUUGGAAAUUGGUGACCAAGUGAAGGAAUGAAAAGUUGUAAAUUCUGAUGUAAAACUUUAUUUUCGUUUUUUAUCAUUAAUUUUCUAGGACCA